AUGGAGGAAAGCAUUGAAAAACGAUACACGAAACUAACCCAGUUAGAGCACGUUUUGACAAGACCAGAUUCUUACAUUGGGUCUGUAAACCAAGAAUCACUAUCUUCCUGGGUAUGGGAUGACACGGUAAGAGGCAUUGUAAAUAAAACCAUUACUUACGUUCCGGGUAUGUUCAAAAUAUUUGACGAAAUAAUUGUGAACGCAGCUGAUGUGUACGCACGAGAAAAAUUUGAUAAGGUUAAAACCACUAAAUCUAGAAUUAAUAGAAUUACUAAAAUAAGCGUAACAAUCAAUACUGAGAAAAACUACAUCGAAGUAUAUAAUAAUGGUGCUGCCAUACCGGUGGAAAUUCACCAAGAUUACAGUAUUUACGUUCCGGAACUUAUUUUCGGUCAGUUACUGACAUCUGAUAAUUAUAAUGACAGUCAAGAUCGCUAUACAGGAGGUAGAAAUGGGUACGGCGCCAAGUUAGCUAAUAUAUUUUCAACCAUGUUCGAAGUUACUAUUGUAGAUUCAAAACGCAAAAGCAAGUUUUAUUGUAAAUGGCGAAACAACAUGACAAAAAAAGAUGAUUCGAUUAUUACUCCUUGUCUUGAACCAACCGAUUCUGUCACGGUAAAAUUUCACCCUGAUUUUAAAAAGCUUAACAUGCCAGAAAAGUUCAACGGUGACAUUUUGAGUCUGUUGAAAAAAAGAGUUUACGAUCUUGCUGGAACUCUGGAUUUGGAUGUAUAUUUAAAUGGUUCCAAGAUUAAUAUAAAUUCGUUUAAUGAGUAUGUUGAAUUAUAUUUUCAGAAAUACUCAGGUUCCAAAAAUAAAUCUAUUUAUGAAAGAAUAAACCCAUACUGGGAAGUCGAAAUUACUUUAAGUGAAGGUCAGUUUCAGCAAGUCAGUUUUGUAAACAAUAUCAGUACAAGCAAGGGUGGAACUCAUGUCAACUUUAUUUUAGAACCUCUGAUACAGUCACUAUUAAACAAGAUUAAUUCAAAAAACAAGAAAGGUCUUAAACUUAAGUCCCAUCAUAUUAAAAAUCAUAUAUUUUUAUUUUUGAAUUGUAGAAUAGUAAAUCCUACUUUUGACAGCCAAACCAAAGAGUAUAUGACUUUAAACAUGAGCUAUUUGUCUGGAUCUGUGUUUUUAUCUGAGAAGUAUAUUUUAUCGGUAUUAAAAUCGUCAAUAUUAGAAACUAUUAAGCUCUGGGCUAUAACCAAAGAACAAGUUGAACUUAAAAAAUUAAUGAAAACGGGAAAUCGAACUUCUCGAAAAGACACAAUACUUGGUAUACCAAAAUUGGAUGAUGCAAAUGAUGCUGGUUCUAAGUUGAGCGCCGAAUGUACAUUAAUACUAACGGAAGGAGAUUCUGCAAAAACCAGUUGCAUUGCAGGUUUAUCUGUUGUAGGCAGAGAUAAGUAUGGAGUAUUUCCAUUACGCGGAAAAUUACUUAAUGUACGUGAUGCUUCUUUUAAACAACUAGCCGAAAACAAAGAAAUUCAGAAUAUUUUAAAAAUUAUGGGACUUGAAAUAGGUUCGUCCAUUACAAACCCGUCUUCGCUUCGUUAUGGUAGUAUUAUGAUUAUGACUGAUCAAGAUCAUGAUGGGAGUCAUAUAAAAGGACUUAUCAUUAAUCUUCUGCAACACUUUUGGCCCAAUUUGUUGAAAUAUAACGGAUUUUUAAAAGAAUUUGUUACGCCCAUUAUUAAAGUCACAACAAGAAAUAAUACGAUUUCUUUUUUUACGCUUCAGCAAUUUGAAGACUGGAGAGUUUCGUUAACCCCAGAAGUUCUAGCUCGUUAUAAAUUUAAAUACUAUAAAGGGCUGGGUACGUCAACAACUAAAGAAUUCCAGGAUUAUUUCAGCAAAAUACAAGAUCAUCAGCUGGAAUUUGUUUACGAAGAUCCAGAAGAUUUUGAAAGUAUUGAUAUGGCUUUCAACAGCAAACGAGCAGAAGAUCGAAGAAAAUGGAUUCAAAGUUUCGAAGAAGGAACUUUCUUAAACCAUGAGAUUAAACGCAUUCGAUACAAAGAUUUUAUAAACAAGGAACUCGUUCUAUUUAGCCGAUAUGAUUUAGAAAGAUCAAUCCCAAAUGUUAUUGAUGGAUUAAAACCAGCUCAACGAAAAGUUCUUUUUGGUGCUUUUAAGAAAAAUUUAACGAGAAACGAAAUGAAAGUUGCCCAAUUUGCAUCUUAUGUUGCUGAAGUUAGUAGUUAUCACCAUGGAGAAGACUCUAUCGCACAGACUAUUGUCAACAUGGCUCAGCAAUUCGUAGGUUCGAACAACUUAAAUCUGCUUGAACCUUGUGGUCAAUUCGGUAGUAGAAAAGAAGGAGGAAAAGAUUCUUCAGCAACACGUUAUAUUUACACUAAGCUGACGGAAGUGUGUACUUACUUGUUUAGAUCAGAAGACUUUCCUAUACUAGAAUACUGUGUAGACGAAGGUGUUUCAAUCGAGCCUAAAUUUUACGUACCAGUGAUUCCAAACAUUUUGGUGAAUGGGUCAGAAGGUAUAGGAACGGGUUGGAGCUCUACUAUCCCUAACUUCAAUCCGAAAGACAUCAUCGCAAAUAUAAAUGCAUUUUUGGACGAGAAACCUCUGAAAGAAAUGGUUCCCUGGUAUCGUGGAUUUAUAGGAAGAAUGGAGCGGAAUGAUAAAAGCGGCUUUGACUCAGUGGGGUUGAUAGCCGAAACCGAUGAAAAUGUUUUCCAUAUCAGCGAACUUCCGGUCAAAGUUUGGACCCAACCAUACAAAGAGUUUAUUGAAGACAUGCUAACGGCAAACGUUACUCAAGCGAAAGCUUUCGACAGUUAUAUUCUUUGUUUAAAUAAUAAAAAAUUUAUAAUUAUUUCGCCAAAUAAUCGUAAUGGAUUAUAA